GUUUGCAAGCGUAGUGACGAUCUUUUAGCACAUAGUUCAAACUUCGCGCUAUUUACGAGCGUUGUUGAUGAUGAUGAGAGCCCCGCGGCGAAACACACAUUUUAACACACAUGCGCCCAUCGCGCCGCCUCUGGUCUCCGCAGGCGUCCGUCCCACUGCGUGCGCUUUCGCUUUUUGCACGCAACGCCCCGCUGGUCACAUCAAGAUGGCCGGCCCGAUUGUGGCAGCAGUGCGAUACGCUACGCGGUGACCGCGCUCUUUGCCGCCUUUCUCACGUGCGAUGGAUACCAGACACGGACGGAGUUGCCCGCGGAUGCCCGGACGACCGUGGGACGCCCGCUGAGUCGCCGCGACAGCUGCUUGUUGCGCGGACAAGUCGCGCGCCAACCGUGCCAUCAUGCCAACCACGGGCAGUCUUUGGAGUGCAGCAGGCCUGGCUGUCUUGCUGGUCCUGGUCUGCCAAGCAUCUGGACAUCCUAUAGAGGGAGGAGACGCAUCGGAGAAGCAGCAGGGGAUUCCAGGUUGGAGCAGCCUUUCGGGGUCGGUGUGGGUGAUUGGGGCAUCCGUAUGCUUCGCCCUGACGGUGGCCAUUGUGGCCUCCCUGGGCUGCCUCUGCUGUCGCAACGAGGGCAUCAAGCUCCUGGGCACGCGAAAUGGGGUCAGCGUGCCGCACCUUCCGCUGGGCAGCAUGGCCCAGCAACGGAGCAGCCUGUCGCCCGAGGUGACCAUCUUCCCACCGGCUGCUGCCGCACCCCGCCUCGCCUUCGCUGCACCACCGACACCCUUUGACGACAAGGUGAGCUUUGAGCCUCUGCCCAAGAUCUUCCCUCGGCUGCCAGCGUCUCCAUCCAAGCACCCCCUGCGGCCUGCCCACUACUCUGGAGAGCUAGGCGGCACUCCUAGCUCAGUCCACGACUGGUUUGACGACCCCCAGGCCAACUUUCCCCGAGAGCGGCUGCAGUACCUGCAGGAGCUGGGUGUUGGCUGGUUUGGACAGGCCGUGCGUGGAGAGGCACAGAACCUGAACACCGGUCGGCCCAGUGACGACGACCCGGCGGUUCCGGCAACCACCACGCCGGUGGUGGUGAAGAUCCUCCGCUCGGAUGCGACGCCCACGGAGCACAUCUGCUUUUUGCACGAGGUGCAGCACCUCAGGCUUCUGCGGCACCCACAUCUUCUUCAGCUGCUUGGUCGCUGCCUCGAGUCAGACCCAUUCUUACUCAUCCUGGAGGACUCAGUCAUGGACCUGAAGGCAUUCCUCCUGAGCAAGCGCCCUGAGGCGGAGCCCUUCCUGCAGGGUCCGAUUCCCUUGCAGGCGGCCUGUGCCAUCGCCUCUGCCCUGGACCACAUGCACAGGCACAGCUUCGUCCACGUUGACCUGGCAGCCCGCAGCUGUGUCAUUGAUCGGAACCAGGUCGUCAAGGUCGGUGACUAUGGCACUUCCCUGCAAGCUUACAAGGAGGACUACCACCUGGUGGGUGAGGUCGCUGUGCCGCUGCGGUGGACUGCCCCGGAAUCCCUGCACUGCACCGACCUGGCCCUGGAGGCCCGGGAACUCAGCAAAGAGGCCAACGUCUGGAGCUUUGGCGUGCUGCUCUGGGAACUGCUGUCGCUGGGAGCCCUGCCAUACGAGGGCCUGACGGAUGACGAGGUGCUGCGGAGGGUGGUGGUGCAGCGCAACCUGGUGCCCGCCAGGCCCACCACGCCAGCUGGCCGGCACACCGACCGCCUGUACCAAGUUGCCACCUGGUGCUGGAGUGAAGUCCCUGGCGAACGGCCAUCUGUGCACGAGCUCCGUGAGCUUCUAGGCCACCUUCAACGUGAGAACAGCGAUGCCCACGACUUCGAGUCGCGCUGGGCUGCACUGCGACCGGACCGUGUCAAAGAGCACAACCUUGCUCCGAACCACCCUGCUGCGAUGUCUCUGUCUCGACUUGGCUUCGAGAGCGACUUCGUGGCUGCCAGCCUCCAGAAUCUGCAUGGGAGCGCAGAGGACCUCCGCACUGAACCGACCGUGGAAGAGGAGGAGGAACUGACCUCGUUCCACAUCUCGGAAGCAAUCCGCGACUUGGACGCAAUCCUUGCUGCCGAGUCCGGGUCAACAGCAUCCGUCGACCUCCCCAGUGAGUCGAUGCAGCGGCAGGACAGCCUUGGCACUGAGUCCGUCGACUCGCGGGAGCUUAACUCCCUCGGCUUCAAGAAGAGCGCUUCGGUAGAGGACCUGCUUCGCGAAGGACCCGAGAAGGUGGCAGAAAUGUUCCGCAUCACCGUCAUUGACGAUGUGGAUGCCAGCGGCAGUGAGCCACGCAGCCUCGGGGCGGACUCUGACAUCUGGAGGCGACUCGAGGAUGGAUCUUCCAUGUCUGCUCCUGGGAACGGUGCUCUGAACGGUGGUGUCGGCGGUGGCAGUGUGGUGUCUCCAAACGUGGGUAUUUGGGGUGGUGUUGGUGGCGGGGACACGGUGCAAGUUACGGAGGUGGUUCCACGUUCCAUUGAAAGCGACAGCGGUUUGCGGAACCCGGCAACACGCGAGGACGUAAGUAGCCGCAUCGAAGUCGCGGGACGGUUUGGUGGUGGUUGCACUUCAGCACACGGCUGUUUCCCGACCCCUUCGGCCGCUAACUCCAUCGACGGUGGCACGCUGAGCACUAACACCCCAGAUGCUUCCUCCGGAGAUGUCCGGCGGGAAGCCGACACUGAUCUGUGCCCCCCUGUCUUGAAUUGCAGCCAGAGCGGCGACGACUCUGAGACGUCGACGCCUGCUGCCGCGGCCCCUGAGCCUGCAACGCAAGGUGGCAGCAACGACAGCCGCGACAGUGCUUCGUACGUGACGGCGCCGGAGUCUGAGGAAUCGAGCUUCGAGUUGGUGCCGGAACUGUUGGAACAUGCAGCGUCCGAGUCGGAGACUAUGUUCCUGACUGCCAUGCCUGACGGCGACAACACAUCAGAGUGCUCUGAUGCGACCCUGGCAGACGAUGACAACUUUGCGAGCCCGCGGGCACAUUGUGUGCGUUCUUCGACACCGACGGGUGACUGUCCCAGCCCCAGCGUGUCUCCCAUCCCAAAGUGUGCAUCGUGGAAUCUCGCGGAUGACAUGGAAGAGUCGGCACUUUCGGACCUGACGGUGGACGAUGAUGUGGGGAAGGGGGGUUCCUCUUACGAGGAUUCGCUUGCAAUCACUGAGAACUCCACAGUAGAUGAGAUGCGCAGGAUUGCCAAUGAAGCAGCAGCACAGCACCGGCACGCAAUGCAGAAUGGGCCGGUGUUGGCCAAUGGGCAUUUGUGCAACGGACUGGAAGCACCGGAGGACGGAGACGACAGUGACGACGAAGGAUUGGUGGAGUACGACCUCAACGACGUCUCAUCGGUCCUGGAGAGCAGUGUUGAAGGCGGUGGAGACGUGCCGCCGUCACCGCGGUCGGCGUGGCCUCCGCUCGAGGACUCGCCCAUGUGCGGGGAGGAAGAGGAGAUCCUGACGGUGAACAUGCUGACCCACGAGAUCACCGUCAGACCAGCCGCGGGAAUAGUCUUUGACGACCACGAAGUGCUUGCCGGCAUGGAAGAGCAGGAGGACACCUGCAGCCCUCUGGGAACACCUGAACGGAAACACCAGGUCGACAGGAAGCAAGACGGCUUGGACGACGAUGCUGAAGACACGGACGACACGAGUAGUACGGGAACGUCGUGCACCUCUACGUCUGGAUCGUUUGAGUGCCUGGCACAGGACGAGGCAGAUGGCACGGCAGAUGGCCCAGCAGACAGCGUAGCGAAAGCAGGAAGCACUGAUAUGACAGCGUCUCCUGCUAAGCGACCCCGCAGCCUGGAAGGCAGCCCCACCUCCCCGAGGCGUGCCAGCACUUGGGACCGUAGGGCCACGCCCACCAAGUCUGCUCUCAAGUCUGCCAGCGGCAACAGGCGCAAGCCUGUUUCUGGAAAGGGCUCAACUUCGCUGCGCAAGACGGUGUCAUUCCACGACGUUAUUUCCUCAGUGCAUCACUACUCGGCCGACGAGGAGGCGCCUCCUUCACCACCCCCAUCUGCGCCCCCAUCAGCCUUUGACUACGCUGGCCUCAGAGACUGGGAGUUCCCGCUCUGUCUGGACGAGGAGUUUCCCGAAGCCACCAAUGGGGGCAGCAGCAGCAGCAGCAGCAGCGAGGAGGAGGACGAGCUGCCCCCCAGGGGCCACCGGGGGCUGCGCAGCCUGCCUGUGCGUCCGCGCAUCACCAAGCUCGGAAGCACCUUCGGGUCUGCGGCAGCAUCUCCCCUCUACUGCAUCGCUGCCCUCUCGCACGACGACCUCCCCACGACAGACGAGGAGGAGCUGCCCACGGAACCGUCCCUUGCUGAGGAGCCAAGCGAAGACCUGCUGAUCAACCAGCGACCUCCGUGGGACUCCUCCAUGAGCGACCUGUCGAACCUGGAUGCAUCAGACGACGCUGACUCCCUCCGUUCGGAAAGCCCCGUCAGGAAACCCUCUUCUGCCACCGUAGCAACGGCCAAUCGCAACUUUGACCGCAAUGCCAACAGCAACCUCCGCCCUGUGCGCACAGCCUCAGAAGACUCGAAUGCUAACAGCAGCUGUCACACGAACUUGGCACCUGCUGCCAAUCACCACUAAGCUUAAAGACAGUGCGUGUAGAAAGUGUUGUUUCAGGAUGAAGACCACCUAGCAUCUCGCAGAAAUCUCCCUCCUCUAGCAGCAAAACGAGUAAUUACCAAUUCCAGGCAUGUCCCGGAUAUGAGUAGCUGAGAGCAAUGUUGAAGAAAGUCUUGACUAUCUCAAGUGACUGAAGUGAGGUCUGAAAAUAGGCACUUGUGUUGCCUCGUUUGCUGGAGUGUCCACCUAGGGCUGCGCUGGUAAUGCGAUUACUAAGCUUGCAGUGAUCGCUGCAACCAUCUUGGGUAUGUCUCGGCAAUCUCGUCACCUUGGAGACUGGUCAUCGAGUCAACAAUCCAGUAUAGAUGCACUGAAGUCAUCUGCUGCUGUAUUUGUGGACCAUGCAAGUGCAAGGCAAGCUGGAGGUGUGGUGUUGGCAGAAAGUCCUGUACGGUUUGUGUUCGGGCACUCGACGCUCUCGUGAUGUGGCUGUGCAGAACCUGCUAAAAGAUGCCAUUUAGAAACUUCGCGGUUGAUGAAUGUUUCCAUCUGUGAUUUAAGUGAUGCGGAAUUGAGGGGCUGAAAAUGUGUCCCUGUGUCGUCUCCUUCCAAGCCCGCAGUCAUUUCUUGUUCCCAUGUCUCUGCGACAUGUGGACAAGCUCUCGGAAGAGGUUCUGCGACAAGAUAAGUCAGCUGCUCCCGUCACAGGUGUAGCAGUUUACCACUUAUUGUCCGACGCAUCCUCGAACAAUGCCUGUGCCCUCAGGUUUACCAGUCAUGUACAGACCCCUCUUGUGUAAUCCUGUUUAUGAGUCCAUCCUUUCAUGUUGUGUCGUGCUGUAUGACACUGUCUUUUUGGGGAACUUGGCACCAUUUAUGGGAUCGACUACCAUUGCUCUCAAUUUUUCUUUAUUCUCUUGUGUGUAUCGAGACUGCUGCACUCUAACUGGGUGUCACGUGAUUGAUACUGCUACAAAGCAAUUGCAGGCUUCACAUUACACAGCAAAAGCGAAGCAAUUCGCUGGAGUGUGUUGAUCGGUGCCAUCUCAGUACAAGUUUAAAGGCCACAAACUAAUGGCUGCACGGACAAUGUCAUUGCUUGUGCUCUGGUAUUUGUAGAUAUCAAACGACUCGUACAGCAUAACCUGGGGGUCACCUGCACUAACAGUUCUUCACCAUGGGUUUACCAUCUACACGCAGCGAAGAAAGCUUCGGGCAUGUGAUGGUGAGUUGCCAUUUAGCAAGUUGCCUAGGGAUGAGAAGCGACAUUUGCACAAUAUGUUUUAUGUUUGUCUUUUGACAACUUUCCGUCACUCUGGUAGGACUUCUUGAACUAAGUUUCUGUCUUAAAAUCUUUUAAUGAAGUGGCCUCGUGUCUCCAUCAGUCAUGGUGUCGAAUCUGUUCCUCCAUGUCUGGACUCUUUGCCACUCUAGUCCUUCCUUAGAUAUACAUCAGUCUUCUUUAACGGCAACGAACCAGCAGUUUGUCAAGUCUUAGCUACUCAAGUGAGGCUGUAAGGGCAAAAGGUGAUUGUACAACCUCCUUCAUUAAAGGCGGAUCCUGUGCAGUCCUUGUGCAGAUCACUACAUUUUUAGAAGUCAGCAUUGCAAAUAUCAAACUGUUGGAGCCUCUUUGCUUAAACAUAAUGCACUUGAUUGUCAUCAUGAAUGCAUUCUGAAAUUGAAAAGUACAUUAUGCAUGCAGUCAAUACAUUUUCCUUGCUGGACAUCUGAAUUGCAUGCAGUGUUCCCCAGGCUAUCAGUGAAUUGGCAUUUCAUGGACCCCUUGCAUUGUAAUCUUACAUGCUGCCUUCGCAGUUCAUUGCAAAAGUGUAAAGGCCGCUGUUUGCAUCACUGGAGUGGGUCAGUUCCCAAGUCAAAAGUUAAGGUCGUCAGUCAAUAUUCGUAGUCAAACGGGAGCCCAGUCUAGGAGUAUACACGCUCGAGCCAGUGCAGCCCCAGGACAUGGUAACUGGUGCACUCUGGUGAUGAGAUCGGGAGCCCUUGCACUGUUGUCACCAGCUGUACAUUGCUUUCUGGCAGAGAAUGUCACCACCUCGUGUGCUUCGAAAAGAAUUUAAUCCUUUCGUAGCCAGUGUUGUUGUACAAUGCUGCAUUGUCCUUCUGCUUGCACGAGCCUUAAAUGUGUUGGUUUCAAGCCCCGACCUUCCUCCAUUUGUGCAGCCAUAGUCGAACAAAGUUUGGUUUGUUGCGUCUUUCAUGAUUGUGUAAGAGAAGCUGUUUGCACAGACUUGAUGAAAAAUGGCUUGAAUGGCAGGGGUGAGCAUUCCAGGGAAAACACGGGGAAGGCGGGAGAUGGAAAUUCAAGGCUGUGAGCAAAAUGAGAACAAAGUAAAAGUAGGAGCCAGCGUUUUGACAAGUGGUUUUGUCUUUGGGGUGAGCAAUGGAAUUUGAAGGUGAGCAAAGAGGCUGCUUAUUUGCAUUGGCCUUCCCCAGCUAUCAGGUGGGGCUACUGGUUCAAAUGUGCAACAGUCCAUCACUGCAGCAAUAGCUGGGAGUGCAAGAGGUCAGCUUAUGGAGACAGAGUGCACGCUUGGGGCUUCACACCAGAAGUCUGCAACAUUCUCUUAAUUUAGUGGACGUGUCGGAAGUUUUCAAUAUGUUGUGAAACUGAGCUUCUCUGAUGUGCGAGAAAGAAUUUCAGGAAAGGCACGAUGUUGAGCUGCGUGAUCUCGCGGCUAAUCGAAGCAAUGCGGAUUUAAGUAACAUGAUUCUCUUGCCAGAUAAGACAAAAAAGAAGCCGCCCCUGUUGUCCUCCUAUAGCUGCAAUAUGUUAUCUUUAUAAAAUAGGUAAUGUCUGUGCGAACACCAUCGUGCAAUCCACUUCAUUCAUUUUCAUGUCUGCUGUUUAUAUUCCCGUCUAUUCAUUUUCACAAUUUGAGCCGGUGCAGUAGACAGGUGUGGUGGUUUGCUGGAAUAGGCUCUGCCAAAUCAGGAGAUGCAAAUAGAUUCGUCCUACAGCUUGCUCGGUCUUCUGUGCUUUUAAAUUGUUCAUUUUCAUUAAUUUUUUUCCCAUACUUUUCUGACCUCGACAUCUUCAUAGCGCUUAGAUGUUUGAGGUAAUGUUUGCUCAUUAUGUGGCAUCCCCAUGGUUUCAGGUAAUAAUGCCUGCUGUGAUUCGUUUGAGUGAUCACCACACUGAUUGCGAGUCCUGCCGGUCAUUCACUUUCAUUUGAGGCAGGUUGACGGUUUUCACACCCACAGUGAUCGCAGGGCCCGAGAUAAAGCUUGUGCCAGUGCUCGAUUCCUCAGUCUGCGCAUCUUGCCCCGCUGUAGUCUUAUGCGUGACAAAAAAUGUAGGUAUUUUACUUUGCGCGUAGUGUGCUGCUAGUUGAAAUUGUAUAUAGAGUUGGGUUUCUAUUUUUUUUUCCGUAUUGUCUUGUAUAAUACCUUGAAACCUAUGUUUCUUUACAUGUGGAUGUCAGCAGAGUAAGUUGUGGUUUCUGAGAAAUUUUUAUUUUCAAACCUGUUUGUGUCAUUCCCACUGUCUAAGCUUUGGCCAGUGCUUGCAUGUUUCAAACUUGUUAACGCAACAUGGGACACAACAUGCUUCAUCUAUGUUGAAGGGCUUUUUUAAUAGUUGAAUGUGCAGUGAAAAGCCUAGAGGGUGUUGAAUUGGAGCAUAAGAAAAAGACCUUCGGGUCGUGUACAGCAGCCAACAUGUGGGUUCUCAGCAACUUGUUGCACUGGAAGCUACAAGUGACGUCAGUCAACCAGAAGGGGCUCGUGCAUAGUCUGCCUCUAAUCGACCUUCAUGCAAUGCUGACUGAGUGGUGGUGCACAAUGGGCAUGCUUCUCUUUCGUCUCGGAACAUGCAGUGAGCUCUCGUAACCGACUGCCUAAUGUGAGUGCCAGCCAUCACUCUGCUGCACGGAGUAUAUGAGACAUGGUGCAGUUUGGUUUCAGGGCACCAGAACAGCUCCUGCAGAAUUCCAUGACCCUUGUAAAUGUACAGUCAAGACCACAAGCGCGUGCACUCGACCAUGCAAAUGGUUGCCUGUGUUAUGUGUAAACGGGGCUCCCCUUCUCUGUUGUUUUGGAGGGUGAGAUGGGUGUGGGUGAGUGGCCGUGCCGUUGUUGCACCAGUACAGCAAGGACGAGAAGCUGGGCACGUCGUGUACAGCAUUGCUCAAAAGAUAUAGGCCACGCGAAUGCUAGUGUGUCGCGUUGGGGCGGUACGGUAGGGUUUGUGGUGAGAUAUGGUCACUCUGAUGCUGUGCGGGAUGGGAAAAAGUGUCCGCGUCGCUAUUUAGAUUUGCGGAUUGUUUUUUGGAUUACCGGAAAUUCAGUACAAGCCGUGCUACAUGGCAUCAAAUCUGUUCUUAUUACGUGGCUCGGGGUCUCUUGAUUUACUCUGUAGCUGUGUGCUGGAAGAGUACGAAUAAUCCAUCCACGGGACAGGUGUGGCAUUCGCAAGGUAAGCAGAAUAGAGUUUGGGAACCUGUAGUAUAGUAAAUCUGCAAUGGGCAGGGGAAAGAUAUGUUGACGCGUCUGAUGCUUUGCGCACCCUUCAUUGUUUUAGAUUUAUUCAUACAGUGCAGCUUUUUUCGUGGAAUUUCGGAAUAGCUGAAGGACUUUUGGUGCUAUUUGCACAUUCUUGUUUUUUGCUGUUAUGUAGUGUGUGCAAGCUGAGGCUUGAAUUGUCAUACUGCAUAUUUUUUAGCAGCGCUGUUCUGGCAGACAUUUCAUCAAGCUAAAUGACGCAUCUUCUGCUUAACAUCUGUUGCACCUUUCAUUCUCUUUGCGGCCCUUUAAUGACUUGUGUUUUCUGUAUAACAUUCUUUAGAAAUUAUACAAAAUUUAUUCAGAAUCUGAAUCAGUGCUGUAGUUAUGAAUUUGUAGGGGUCCUUGAAAACAAUGGAAAAUCAGAGGGCCCUUUCGAAUGCCCAUAAAUCUCGCAAGGUUCUUAGAAAUCGUAAUAAUUUUGCUUUCUGAUAGGCUUGUAGGAUAUUUCUUGGUCAUCUAGCCACAAUGUAGGCCAAAGUCAACAAAUUUGGGCCUUUUAGCAACUGUGUAGUAGAUAGUGGUAUUAUUUUUCUUGUGCUUUUUUUUAUUGAUAUGAAGAAAGAAAAUCAUGCUUGUAUUUGAAAUCAGUAUUAGUGCUUUUCUUGUGUAUUUGUUUUUGUGAUAGGUGUGUUCCGAUUUUUUACCAGGAAUGGCUUCUGUGAUUCUCCAGGUUUUCUUGAAACAAGUUGAGUGCUUGUAUAUAUCUUCUUUAUUUUACUUUGAUGUGAACAUGGACUGCUGUGUACCCGUGUUUUACUUACGGGUGCAAUUUGUUGAGAUUUCUUGAGUGGGACAUGUGUUCUGUGCUUAUUAUUGCAGACUCGGGAUUCUGACUGUACUCAUUAUGGCUUCUAAAUGUGCACCAGGCAUUGUCUUGCCAGCACCUGCGGGCUGUGUCAAAAUCUAUUUUGAUAGUCUUUGUUUUCUGACCAGCUGGCGUCAUUGUACAUGUAUUUUUAUUUACGCAGGCCUGGCAGAUGUCUGUGCUGCGUCUGCAUACGUAAUUUAUCUUAUUGAGCAAGCUGUAUGCAACUCUCAUCUGCUCUGCAGUGGGUCUGGCUUUGAACUGAUUGCACCUAUGUUUGAUGGUGGUGACUUAUGUCAGCUUUAUUGCAAAAGCAAACGACUCAAAAUUUUUAUCCCCCCCCCCUCCUUUGUUUUGACGCCACAUUUCUAAACCACUGCCGUAUAUGACUGCAACUGCUCCUAGGUUUUUCAAAAUAUACCGCAUCUCUUGACAACAGACGAUUUCAUGUGCUGAAGGUAUGGGCGUUGUUACAUUGUAAAUUCUAUACCAUUGCUAUGAACAUUUUCUUUACGUAAGCUUGGCUUACGUAAAGAAAGGGGCAUUGUUUCCAAGGCUUCAGUGAGGCACGUAAACUCAGGCACGGCAAAGCGCAAGAAAAGUUACAUUGGUAGCAUAGCUACUCCCUUGGUGUCACGUUGUUUCCCCUGUACAGGAAAGUAUUGUGCUGUAGAAUUUCUUUGAAAACAAGUGUAUGCCAUUGUUGCUCGUCAAAAAACUGCAUAAGCCAGAAAAGCGGGUAUCUUUUGGAAAUGAAAGAAAUAGUGCUUCAAAAAUAUGCUUAGAAUGGGCUUUCCAGAUUUACACUUGACAUUGCAACCUGAAUUUUUUGCAUCUCGUGUUUUGUUGCUUGCAGUGCCUCGCACCAUGGGGAUUUCGGUAUUGCGCUUUUCUUUCGCUCCAGUUAAUAAUGAUUCAGACGUUUGCGUAACUGGAAAGGCAAAGCGCUCACUUGUAAUUCAGCAUCUAAGGUUGCUCGUAGAAGGUGGGAGGAGAGCAUAGGCGUUUGUUUAUACGUAGAUAUGAAGAGCCUUUUGUGCUUAACUUUAUGUACUACAGAAAGGUGUGGAAAUCGUCUUGUAGAUCUUGUUUUCAGUUGCUUCUGUUUGGGCUUUCCUGUAUCUACCGCGUGCCCAUAGUCACAAUUAGCCUGUGUGCGAGUCGUGCAGUGUGCAUUGUACAUAGUGUGCAUGGCUCAGGAGAGGUGCUGCUGUGCCACAGGAAGGAGUUAUGGUUGUGCUUAUAUUUAUUCGUCCCGUAACAUGCGUACAGCGUGUAGACAGGCUCGUCUUAGCGGAGCCUCGAAAUGAGUGCCAGUCAUAGAAUAAUAUGGUGUAUUUUUCUUCCCCCUUGCCCCCCCCCCUUGCCAUUCUUCCAUUCACCACAGUAGUUUUAUCAAGAGUAUUUCAGUGACGCCACGUCUCUGUCCUGUUACCGGUACAGAUGCCGCAAGCGUGUCGAAAUGUUCAAGUUUGUGUAGCGGUUCGACAACUCUGUAGCCCACCUUGUGCAUCAUGUACAAAAAUAAAAUAUGACGUAGCUA